UCUCCUCUCUCCCUCUCUCUCUCCCUCCCUCUCUCACGCUAUUCCCCCCCUCCUCUCCUUCCACCCCUCUAGCUGUCAUCCUGAGCAGCGUUGAGAGAGAGUCGAAGGACGGCUCGAUACCUAAACGCCCGGAUGAGAGCAGCAGCAGGAGACAUUCAGAGCAACAUGGUCGCAUGAAACCAGACCAGAGUCGAGAGGAGGACACGAGAGGAGGACACGAGAGAGGACACGACACAGAAACACAGAACCACUGUGACUGCUGGAAUCCGGGACAUUUUCGACGCAGCCCACGGAGGACUCUGGUUCUGGGAAAAUCCAGGCAGCGAUAUACUGUAGAGGCGUGUAGGCACGUUUCACCCUCUCUCUCUCUCUCUCUCUCUCUCUCUCCGGUGGUGUCCUAUUUCGUCGGUGAAGGAUCGUGCAGACAGGCCGUCUCACACUAAGCUAUGGAAUGCCUCCUGCUCCCACCAUCACUAGUCUCCAAUCUUUGGACUGAGCUCCACACGCUUAGUUAGCGGCUGUGCUUCUCCCCUCGAACUCUUUAUAACCAGGGGACGAAGAAAAGGAGUGGACUUACCUCAAGUCCUCCGCUAAAAGCGCACAGAGCACUUCUUUUUUUUUUAAAAAAAGAAUAUUUAAGCUAUUAUUUUUUAUUUUUUCUCCACUUGGAUUUGUUUCCGGUGAAAUCAUAUCAAGAUGGAUCUGGAACCGUAUCUGUGGAUGGUGAUCCUCGGCUUCAUCAUUGCCUUCAUACUUGCCUUUUCGGUCGGCGCCAACGAUGUGGCCAAUUCUUUCGGCACGGCGGUGGGGUCCGGCGUGGUCACGCUGAAGCAGGCCUGCAUCCUGGCGUCUAUCUUUGAGACGCUGGGCUCCAUGCUGCUGGGGGCCAAAGUGGGCGAGACGAUUCGGAAGGGCAUCAUAGACGUCAACCUGUACAACGAAACGGUGCCCGUGCUCAUGGCGGGAGAGGUCAGCGCCAUGGUCGGGUCAGCUGUCUGGCAGCUGAUCGCCUCCUUCCUCAAGCUGCCCAUCUCCGGGACUCACUGCAUCGUGGGCGCCACCAUCGGCUUCUCCAUGGUGGCCAUCGGCACCAAGGGCGUACAGUGGAUGCAGCUCGUCAAGAUCGUGUCAUCGUGGUUCAUCUCCCCGCUGCUCUCUGGACUCAUGUCUGGAAUCCUCUUCUUGCUCAUCAGACACUUCAUCCUCAACAAGGACGACUCCGUCCCCAAUGGCCUGCGAGCGCUGCCCCUCUUCUACGCCACCACUAUUGGGAUCAACACCUUCUCCAUCUUGUACACCGGAGCUCCAUUGCUCGGGUUGGAGAUGCUACCGGUGUGGGCCAUCUUCCUCAUCGCUGUAGCCGAGUCGUUGCUCGUUGCAGCUCUGGUCUGGUUUUGCGUCUGUCCCUGGAUGAAGAGGAAAAUAGCAAGUCGUCUAAAGAAAGAGCAGGCUCUGUCCAGGAUCUCCGAUGAGAGUCUGGACAAGAUACCUGAAGAGGAGGAGGAGAGCCCCGUCUUUAAGGAGCUACCGGGGGCCAAGGGCACAGAUGAGGCUGUGCUGCCGCUCACCGGGGGCAUCAGUGAACGGAGCACCCGAGACUCCAGCGGAGAGCUCACCAACCUGGCUAACGGAGGCAGCAUCCUGCCAAAUGGCAGGGCCUACGGCCGGACCCACUCGAUGACCAACGGCUGCCUCAAGUCGCCCAUCUCUAACGGCAGCUUCAGCUUCGACGGCCACAUGCGCAGCGACGGCCAGGUGUACCACACGGUGCACAAGGACUCGGGUCUGUAUAAAGACCUGCUUCACAAAAUCCACCUGGGCCGCCUGGACGACGGCGACCGCUCCACCUCCAACGCCGGCCAGCCGGACAACAACUACCGCCUGCUGCGGCGCAACAACAGCUACACCUGCUACACGGCGGCGAUAUGCGGCAUGCCCGUGCAGCCGCUCAUUCGCUCGGAGUCACGCGACGACAGCGAAAAGCUGGUGGGAGAGGGAAGCAGCGGCAGGAGCAACAGCGUGUCCUACACCAAGAAGAGGGUGCGCUACGACAGCUACUCGUCGUACUGUAACGCCGUGGCGGAGGCUGAGAUUGAGGCAGAGGAGGGCGGGGUGGAGAUGAAGCUGGCCACGGAGCUGGAGGGGAUGGAUGAAGACGGAGCUCCUGCUCCGAUGCCUCUGGACGACUUGGCGGAGGAGGAUCACGAGGAGAAGGAUAAGCCGGAGGUGUUCCAGCUUUUCCACUUCCUGCAGAUCCUCACCGCCUGCUUCGGCUCCUUCGCCCACGGAGGCAACGAUGUCAGUAACGCCAUCGGGCCCCUGGUGGCGCUGUGGAUGAUCUACGACCAGGGCGGCGUGAUGCAGGACGCCGCCACUCCCAUCUGGCUGCUGUUUUACGGCGGCAUAGGCAUCUGCGCCGGCCUGUGGGUGUGGGGCCGCCGCGUCAUCCAGACCAUGGGGAAAGACCUGACUCCCAUCACCCCCUCAAGCGGAUUUUGCAUUGAAGUAAUGAGUGCGCUAUCAGUGCUUGUUGCAUCAAAUGUGGGCAUCCCAAUAAGCUCCACCCACUGCAAGGUGGGCUCCGUCGUGGCCGUGGGUUGGAUCCGCUCCAAGAAAGCCGUGGACUGGCGCCUCUUCAGGAACAUCUUCCUGGCGUGGUUCGUCACGGUGCCCGUGGCCGGCCUGUUCAGCGCUGCCGUCAUGGCCCUGUUCGUCUACGGCAUCCUGCCCUACGUCUGAGGGCGACCCGGCCCGGGACGGAGAGCAGAGGAGGGAGAGAGAGAGUCAGAGAAAGAGAGAGAGAGAGAGAGAUGGAAACAUAGCUCGAGUGUCAUAAAUGAGGAAAUGAAGAGAGGGAAAGGGUCAAGAGAGGAAGCUACAGAUGGACUUGGUUGUACUGUGGAUGUGAGGGAGGGUUGGUUCAUAUGCUGCCUGGCUCCGUAGUCCAGAGAUCUGUUUUUUGUUUUGUUUUUACUCCUCAUUUGAGUUUCCGAUUGAUUUUUAUUUAUUCUCUUCUUUUGGGUGCAUAAGAAAGUGUGUAACCAACGUGUUCCAUUCAAUCUGCUGUACAUAUGACAAUAAUAGGGAGAAUUAUGGUUGUUGGAAGAACAGUGGAGGCCAUUAUCUGUCUCUUCAUUAAAAAAAAUAAAUCAUGAGUUUGAAAAAUAUAAAAAAAAGACAGCACACGACUGAAAAAUAAUCGGUUAAUUCUGCACACCUAAACUAGAUCGUUCUGCCGGCAGGUAGCGUAGUCGGUCAAGUGCUCAUUAUUAUUAUUAUUAUUAUUGUUCCAAAAUGCCAGAAAAAAACCCUGUACAUAUAGUUGUAUUGGAUUGAGUGUGAUUUGUUGUAUCGCGGCUUGCUUUAAAGUUUAAAAAACAAAAAGACUAAAAGAUGUGCGUGUGGUAAACCAACCCAUCCAUCAUCUCACUGUUAACUAGCCAGGUACAACUAGGGCCAAACGGAAAGGACGCCUCAGAGAGCGGUAGAGGGGUGGAGCGGUGGUGGUGGUGGUGGUGGUGGGACGACUGUCACUCUGCUUCUUUAUUUUCCACAUGAUACCACAGAAACCUGAUUUGCUAAAGAGUUGAUUUUUGUCAAGAGCUCCUGUAUGUUUUUAGAGAUGGAUCUCAUAUUUUUUAAUGAUGUAAUAUACUGUAAUUUGUACUGUAAAUAAUGUCCUUAAAGAGUUUGGGGGGGCGGGCGGGAUGGGGGAUCAUGGUUUGUUUUUAACUUAGUAAGGAGAUGUCAUGAUGUCAUCUUAUACAGGCUGCUGUUUUUCCGGAGGAUUGCAUAAGUAUAUUGAUUGGAAAACAGUAUUUAAAUUAACGAACAGAGAAAAACUGGAGAUAUUUCAUUCCUUCUGAUUUUAUCGUAUCAGUAAAUUCAACAGUAUUGGCAGAAAGAGGAAUCUUUAGGUGGAUUUCAGAUGGCGAUACUCGAGAUGAUUUAAAGUAGAGGUGCUGCAGAGGCCAAAACACUACAACCUAACAAGAGGCAAAAAACAUGAAAUGUUCACAUAUCCUCAUCCGUAUGCCUUUUGUUUUCACAUAUAGAGCUCAACUACUGGAGUCAUUUCCUCAUAUUGACGGCUCCCUGCCAAUGACGGACCUCUACACUGUCCAUUUUUCGGGUCGUUUUCACAUCACCCGCCCCUGUUUUCCGCCGGUCAGAUUAUACGUCUUAGUCCAGGGUUUGAUCUGUUUCUGUAGCCCUGAACCUCGGCCUCACACCGCUGGUCAGCCUUGUCGCGUCAAGACGGCGAUUUAUGUGUCAUAUCAAAACACGCGUUGUAUUAUAACUCAGCCAGUUUAAUGCAGAGGUGGAAAGAUUCAGCCACACGUGUAGCUCCUCAAAAACGGGCUGGUUGUUGUUUGAAGUGUAGUAGUCUAUCGAUCACAUGUGUUUCAAUUCUAAGUGCUAAAGGUCAGGUAGAUAUCAUAGGGGGUCAAGUUUCGAGCUGAAUCGAAGCCGCUCACGUCACGAAAAUAUCACGAGACGUUUGUCUUCGGAUCAAAUGGUAUCAGGGGGGGAUAGUACUGAUCAUCACCAGCUUUUUAACGGGGUCGCCUGACCUGUAGAUGAACAAAGCUUUUUUUAUUUGAACAAACUCGAUGCCAGGUGUUCUUUUAUUUUCUGUUCUUCUUGUGGUGUGUUUCCUAAUUUCUGUUUAUUUCUCAUGAACAAAUCUAUGCUUAAGUAGCCACUUGCCUUGUAACAUUGUGUUUUACUUUGUGCAGAUACAGUAAAAAUAAUUAAGUACUGUGGUGUUUACAUCGUAACCAUAUUGUAGAAUAUCUGAAAAAAAAACUGUUGCCUAAUGAUGCCAAUGAAAGACAAAACUAUUAACCAUGAAUUUUUAAGUGCAAGUAAAAAAAAUAAAUAACCU